CAUCCAUCUCCCUCCCUCCCUUUCUUGUUAUCCAUUUUUGCCAAACGAAGGCGAGAUGAAUAUCCUUUUGUUUACGAUAGUAAUGGCUACGUAGCAGAAUAUACAGCCAACCGAGCUGAGGCAGAGAAUUCAUUAGUCUUGUCUAUCUGUCAGUCGCCUUUCUCUUCUUCUUCCCCCUCUCCCUUUACUCUGUUCCUUUCCCUCAUAUACCUUCGCGCCCAUCCCCUAUACAGCCUCUUGCCCUAUACCCUAUACUGUAAUCACCGACCACAAACCUAGCACUCUAACUAUGCGUAUCUAUCAAGCUAUCACAGUUUUUGCUGUAGCUGCCUCGGCAUUCCCUACACAGCUUCUUGCUGUCCGUGAGGGUCCCAGUGGGGAUAUAAAUUCGCCAGCAGCUCCGCAUGUGGCUCAGCCUGAGCAGAUGCCGCUUCAAGAUCGCCCUCCUACUCAAGACCACCUAACAGACAGCGACCGCCCCCCUAUUGUAGCGGAGAACGGAUCCCCUGUUCAGGAUUACCCGCCAGCUGGUUUUAACGAACAUCGCGAUGGAUCGCAGCACCACCCAACUGAUAGCAGCAGCAGUGGCCAAGAUCCGGGUCGCCCCGCUACCCAGGACCGCCCAGCUGAAGGCGACCGCCGUCCUGUUGUAAUCGAGGACCGCCCUCCUGUUCAGAAUCAGCAGCCAGCUGCUUUUGAUGAACACACUGCUCCCCAAGGCCGUCCAGCAGAGAGCAACAGCGCUAGACCGGUCUCGGACCAUGCGCCAGUGGUUGUUAAUGAGCCUCACGAUAGGCCACAGGAUCACCCUGCGGCAGAACCUCCCCGCAGCUCUGGCCAUCAAUCUUCUCGGCCUCCAGCUCGUCAACACUUUGAGAAGAUCGAGCACCCUGGCGGCAACCCGAACAGCAUCGAGAAGACGUCGCAGGACAUUAUCAACGACGAUCAGCACGGGGUUCACUCAAACAUUAUCCACCAUGUUGUCACCAGCAACAGUAUCGUCAACGGUAAGCCCACAAAUGUCAAUAUCCACGGCACUACCGGUGUUGCUAAUAACGGCAAGAACAACGUUGUUCUACCAAAUGAGUUUUGGAACCAGUUCAACCCUGGCCAGCCUGGGGCUGGGCUCCCUGGCACCAACUUUAUCCCUGCUGGUCUGGGAGCUAACGGCCGUCCUCCUAGCGACCAUUAGUACUAGCCUUUAGUGAUUCUUGAAACAGAGGUUGUU